CAGAAAAAAUGUCCACUCGCUACCACCAAGCUGCUAGUGAUAGCUACCUGGAACUUCUGAAAGAGGCUACCAAGAGAGAUCUGAAUCUUUCUGAUGAAGAUGGCAUGACUCCCACACUCCUGGCAGCCUACCAUGGGAACUUGGAAGCCCUAGAAAUAAUCUGCAGCAGAGGAGGGGAUCCUGAUAGAUGUGACAUCUGGGGAAAUACUCCCUUACAUUAUGCAGCCUCCAAUGGUCAUGCCCACUGUGUCUCAUUUCUGAUCAACUUUGGAGCCAACAUCUUUGCCCUGGACAACGAUUUACAGUCUCCACUGGAUGCUGCUGCCAGCAGAGAGCAGAAUGAAUGUGUUGGUCUCUUGGAUAAUGCUGCCACUGCCCAGAACAUCAUGAACCCCAAGAAGGUCACCAGGCUGAAGGAGCAGGCUCAGAAGAAUGCCAGGAGGCAGAUCAAAGAGUGUGAGAGGCUCCAGGAGAAGCACCAAACUAAGAUGGCCCGCACCUACAACAAGGAGGAAUCUGGGACUCUUUCUUCUUCCAAGGGCACUUUCUCCAGGUCAUCCCUUUCAAAUGUUUCUGCUUCCAACACAUUUGGGUCACUGUCUAAGGGCAUUAAAGACACCUUUAAAUUAAAGUUCAAGAAGAACAAAGAUACAGCAGAGCCGUUAGGGAAGGAGAGAACAAGUGGGCCGAAGAAUGUGAUGGAAGUGUUCAGAGAGGAGGACGAAGACCCCUUCUCAGGGGACUUCAAAGAGAAGCUCCAGUUCUCAGUAAAGGCGGACAGCUGUGUGCAACACGAAUCCAUUCUCAACCGUCCAGGUCUAGGAAGUGUUGUUUUUAGAAGGAACAGAAUAUUGAGCCCUGAAGACAUCUCAGACAGCAAGAGGGAGUUGGGGUUGAAAAUGCCCAGUGAAUUGCUUCAGAGACAAGGAGGACCUGAGGCUGACGAAGAGGGAGCGGAAAACCACCAUGAAGAUGAUCUGCCUUGGGAUGAGGAUGAAGUGGAAUGGGAGGAAGAUGUGGUUGAUGCUACUCCCCUGGAAGUGUUCUUGCAGUCCCACUACCUGGAAGAAUUCCUUCCUAUUUUCAUGAGAGAGCAGAUUGAUCUGGAAGCUCUGCUGCUUUGCUCUGAUGAGGACCUUCAGAGCAUACAGAUGCAGCUGGGUCCCAGGAAGAAAGUCCUCAGUGCCAUAAACAGAAGGAAGCAGGUGCUACAACAGCCUGGGCAGUUGGUCGACACCAGCCUCUGAUGGAGUGUUGGGUCAACUGGGUGAGUCUGCAGCAGUGGCGUGAUGCUGUGGCCCACUGGAAACAUUUCAGGCAUUACCCACUCUCUACCCAGUACCAGACUACUGGGUUUCUAGGGUUUUGGAGGUGUCCAUCUAAGAGGCCCAAAUUCUACUCUGAGAAAUACUCUAUACCUGUCCACAUAAACCGCUAAUGAGAAACACAAGGAGACCUGGGAAUAAGAAAAUGACAUUUCUCUUCAAUUAUCUUUUUGAUAUUUUUGAAUACAGAAAGGAUUAAAUGGAUGACAGAGAAGGGAAAAAACUUUCUUCACUUUCCUAACUCUGGAUUUAAAAUUAUAAUCUCUCAUCACAUUAGCUGCUGCUUAACUUCUGAUCCUCAUAGCUAGGGAUUCGAACUCCAGUUCUGUCCUUAGCUCUAUGACUUUACCUGUUGGUGGAGACUAAAGUUCCUCCAUUGGCCCGUGGCGUGAUGCCCAACUUAAAUGUGUCUAACCCUUCAACAGAUGUUUACAUGUUUACAAGUAAUAGAAAUGGGUCUAUAGUACUCCUGCCUGGGAACAGAGAGAGGAUGGCAGGUAGAGAGAGAGAAGAAAGAAACGGAAUGUAGGGUACCUGUAUGGACUGAAUUUGCUCCCUCCAAAAUUCUUAUGUUGAAACCGUAAUCCCUAAUGUGACUGUAUUUGAAGAUAUGACCUUUAUUAAAGAGCUGAUUAAGGUUAAAUGAGGUCAUAAAGGUG